AUGGUUUCGGUUUCGCCGCCAUUAAGGGCGGCGUCCUGUGCUGCGUGUCUUGCAUUUUCAACUUUGUCCAAGAUAACGGUCAAUGAGUGUGGAAACGGAUAUUUUAUCUCAUAUUGGACAGCAAAUCGAUGA